GUCAACCCACCGUCACCCCUUCGUCUUCCCUACCGCCCCGGGUGCGUCAUGGCGACACCGCUGGGUGCAUCAGCGCCGCUGGGAGCGCCAGCGCCGCUGCUCUGGAGCUCAGGCCCUCAGCCGCACCAUGGGCGACCCGUUCUCCCCAGGUGGUCCAACCACUUGAACGGGCCAGCCACCCUCGUCCUCACCACGGUCGCCACACGCGCUACGUGCGGGGUGCGCGGGGCGGCACGCCGCGCACGCAAGAAGGCGGCAUCAGAUCUGCCAGAACCACCUCCAUUGCCAGACUUGCCACCCUUGCCGAAGAGGACAAGUGCGAAGGCCAAAGCAAGUGAAGCAGAGGAGUCACCUGAUGUGCCACCUUUACCACCGUUGCCUUCAUUUGCCAUCAGGGACGAUUCAGAGGAACAACAGCCAAGUGCAGCAGAGGAAUUGCCUGAACUGCCUCCACUGAACUUACAAAGCGACGAGGAAUUGGAACUGGACAAUGAAGAGCAGAAAAACAGGAAGGAGGCGGAGCGUCGGGAGAAGUUGCGGUUCUUGGGCCCCACGGCCCGCGCCUGGGCGCUGGACCCAGCGCGACCAGUGCCGCGGGAGUUCUACAUGCUUCAACGCAAAGACGAGGGCAAAGACGAGGAACCUCGGCCUUUGGCCUGGGAGGAGGCCCGGAUUGACUUCUUACCGCUGGGUGAGACGGUGCGUGGUGUGGUGGAAGAGAUCAGGCCCUAUGGUAGCUUCAUUGGCCUGGUGAUGUGUGGCAUGGAGGAACACGGCGGCCCUUCACUUCAGCGUCCCCUCCGCUUUGGCGAGGACUCUGGAAUUCGUUGCUUUUGCGAAGAGUUGCAGGUCUCAAAUGACCGAGCCCAACUCCAGGUGGGAGAACAAGUGGCCGUGAAGAUCCUCCAAGUGGACCAGCAGACCAAGAGGGUGUUCGGUUCGAUCCGCCAGGCAGAGCCUCCUUGGCCGCCGCCUAGAGAACCUGUCCUUCAUUCGCCUGAGAAGUAUGAGGAUGAAAACUUUAAGCCAUGCUGAGCGAGAGGAAAA